AGAACCAUUCUAGCUCCCCAUACUGCCAUCCAAAGACCUCGGGUACUCUUUGGACUUGUCUUUACAAUCUCUGCUCCCACUUCCUCGACUUCAUUAGUAUUCACUCUGAUUUUCUAAAGGAGACGACGACUGUUCUCAGGCUCUUUCCCACACAAACUGCAUAAAACAUCAAUGUUCAGGACGAUCCAGAUGUGCAUCAAGAAGUGUCCAGUUCAGAGCAUGCAAAAAAUCAUGGUCUCUCUGCUCUAUGGUAUAUGUUUCCUCUUGAUGUCAUGGAUGCCCCAUCAAAUUCGGAAUGUCCUAAUCAUGCUCCUACAUUGGACUCCCUAGGUGAUCACAACUCUGAUGCUGCGAUCAAGUUCCUUAAUCAGAUACUACUGGAUGAUAACUUGGAUGAGAAUGAUCACAUGUCCUAUGAUCCCAUUGCUCUUAGGGCUACUGAGAAUUCCUUUUAUGAAGCCCUACAUCAGAACCCUUUAUCCCCUAAUCAAGAGCCUCUACGUUUUAACAAUAAUUCUGAAAGGUUGCAAUGCACAUUUGGGAGCUCAGGCGGUUGUAACACAACUUUUGGCACUGACCAGUCGUUUGGCGACCUUGAAGAACCAAAAUCAUCUCUGGCAAGUGAUCCUUCCAAAUUAUCUUUCGAAUCAUCAACUUUGACUAGCUUGGAUAAUUUUAGCACCGAUUUCACUAUAAGAAAGAAGCAUACCCUUCCAGAUACAAGUUUGUUAGAAGAAGAAAGGAGCAGCAAAUAUUCUGUAGUCUAUGAGGAGGAGGAGGAGAUUGAAUUGUCCGAGAUGUUUGAUAAGGUUUUGAUAUGUGCUGAUAAUGUCAUAACUGAUCGGUUUCAUCUGCAAUUGGCGGCAAGGGAACACAACAGAGUGAAGCACUCAUCACCUACUGGUGAUGCCAGUCAGAGGAUGGCUCAUGCAUUUGCAAAUGCUCUUGAGGCACGGCUUAAUGGAACAGGCGCGCAACUCUCUGAGGCCUUAGCUCCAAAUAAGAUGGCAGCUUCUGGGCUAUUAAAAUCCUUCCUGAUAUCAUGGCCAAUCUCAAGAAUAUCGUUACUCCUGGCUAACAAAAUGAUUCUUGAAGUAGCUUCAAGAGUUGGGGAUGACAACCCCAGGGAUGCAGUUCUGAAAUUAAUCCGGGAAACAACGCCACAUGUUUUUGUGCCAAAUGUGCUUAGUGGAUCUCGCAGCUGUCCUUUGUUUCUGUCUUGGUUCCGAGAGGCUUAUUUAUCCUACUCUAAUUAUUUUGAUAUGUUUGAUGCUACUUUACCACGCGGUUGUAGCAGGAGGUUGAGGUUUGAGCAAGAAUUCCUGGGGCGCGAAAUAAUGAACACCAUUGCAUGUGAGGGAAUGGAAAGAUUAGAGAGGCCAGAAACAUACAAGCAGUGGCAUUUGCGCAUUACGAAAGCUGGGUUCAAGCCAAUGCCCAUGAACCAGGAUCUUGUGAAGAAGUUAAGAGGCAAGGUGAAGGCAGGGUACCACAAAGAUUUUGUGUUUGAUGAAGAUGGCCAUUGGGUACUGCAAGGAUGGAAAGGUCGGACUCUUUGCGGUGUUUCUUGUUGGGUACCUCAUCAUAAUACUUGGAACACAUGGCUAAUGCCCUGAAGAGGACCUGUUUUUAUAUUCCAUAACAAACUUUUAAGAUAUUUUGCGGUCGAUUUUCGUUUUCAAAAAUCAAAGAAUGUAUCGGGG